AUGGCAGGCUCUGGCGAUCACUGCUCUUUUGUUCUGCUGGCAGAAUUUCACAUUCUGGAAGGUGCUAAGCUUAAGUAUCAGUUUCCCCAGCCCCUAGGUGUCAAUGAGGAAGUCCUCGCUAUGUCCAUGCUCCCCGAUGGGGCUGAAACUCAGCUUGAUGACUGGACUAUCUUCUUUCUAAAUCAGACACCGUUCAAUACCAUAUCCCCUGUUCUAGCUCUCGAUAGUCCUGGCGUCAAAUCUGUCGGCUUACCAGGCGCUGAAAAUGAUGGCCAAGGUAGCGACAAACCCGAGCUUCUCUGUGUCAUGAAUCUCGUCCGAACCAAACACGAUAAAUCCUUGGACCGAGGCGCCCAAGUUCUUGCACUCGCCAUAUGCACUCGUCAUCCAUUUAUUCAAAUUUUCAAGCCAUUCCUGCUUCUCGCACUUGAUGACUACCUCCUGGAUCCAUCACAAGACUGUCUUGCUCGUCUGUUCGAUGCCGUAAAUUCAAUGGACCUGUCUGGUGCACCAACAUUAACUCGGCACGAGAAACUGGUCAUGAGGUCCUCUGAACGUAAAGAUAUCUUUGCCGAGAAGUUUACACACAUUACUUCUCAGCAAGGGUGGGGACCAGGUGCCCCUGUCCCCGGUUCAAAGGCUGUUUUACAGCACAAAUCAACAAACUCCAGUGGAUCCUACUCUAGUUUUGAAGAGGGUAUUCUUCUUAGGUCGAAGGAUCGUGGCUAUCAGGACGACAGUAUUAGCCGCAAGAAAGACGGACAACGCUAUAGAGAUAGGGGAGAUUCAGAGAGUAGCGUCGCUGCACAAACUACCCAUGCCCAAAACUCUCCAUCUGAUUCUUCCUUCUCCCUGGGUGGUAGCGCGGUCUGGGUAGGCGACGAAAGUGGGUUGGACUUAAUCCCGAAAGAUAGAGGAGACGCUGAUAGCGUCGCCUCUCUGAUGGCAAGUAGUACGCUGGUUGGUUCGUCACGAAAGCGAAGAUCGACUGAUGCAUCUUCAUCGUCGUCAAAUGCACAUGUUAGAGAGCAAAACUUCAAACCAAUUGGUUCACAACAAUCAUUCCCGGAGCCUCAUAAACGGCAUGGCAUAGUUAAAGACACUCACUUCUUCCAUACUACAGUUGCUUACAAAGAAUAUCCUUUGCCGAUCAACAUGCCUCUGGCUACUUUCCCUGAAGAAGUCGGUGAUUAUUCUCUGAUCACGCUCAUUAAAGUCUUCUCGCAGUUUCCUACUGUAUCUGGGCCCAUUCAUCCGCACCUACACACGAGCGGUCCUCAAACACAUCCGAUUAUUGUUCUUUUCAACGCCCUUGUCACGGGGAAGCGAAUAAUUUUUUUGGGUCACAAACGUCCCGCUGGCUUGGUGUCGAAUUUUGUGUUAUCAGCCUGCGCUCUAGGGUCCGGGUGCGGUGCAGUGUUAAGGGGCUUUAUUGAGCGUGCUUUUCCAUACGCCAAUUUGAAAAACCGAGACGAAUGGGAAUCUGUACCGGCAUACAUCGCAGGGGUCACUAACCCCAUUUUCGAGACCCUACGCCAAUGGGACCUCUUCCUCGACAUCAGCACAGGAAGUGUAACAGUGGCAAAAGAUAUCCACGUUACAUAUCCCAUAACUGGUAUACCUAGCCUGGGUGGUCCAUUGAUCACCCGGUCUGGUACUUUGAAAGCUGAAUCAUCCAUUGGCAGCGAAGAAGAUAUAUCUAAAAUGGCCAAAGAAGGGACGAAAGACCCCAGCAAAGAUUAUAACGCUGAUAAAUUGUUCAUCGAUGAUAUUAGGACAGCCAUAGAUGAUCAUUUCGGAGAGAGCCUGGUCCGUAUGAGAUUCACCGAAUACGUUACUCGCUUUGUUCGGUUGGCGUCUCGCUACGAAGAGGAGGUUACUGGCAAAACGUCGUUUGGGUUCCCGAGUGCCCCUUUUACUGAAAAUCCCGGUAGAUCACCUAAGCUGGGGAGUGGUAUAGCCUUUAGCGACGAGGCUACGUGUUUGAAGGAGUUGGUGGCAAAUGCACAUCGUAUCGAAGCAUGGCGGAAAACGAACAGCUACCGGUAUCUAAUAUUGGCGAGUUACGAAAACUUGGUUUCACGUAUUUGUCUAACAGGAAGAUUGCAGGACUAUGCCAAAUUACAAGCCAAUAGCUGCAUCAAGGGAUUUGAUGUUCUUCAUCAGCUAUUCCGGCUCCGAUAUACCAAAAACAUGACAGAUGCGGAGGCUUUGGCUAUCAUGCGCAGUCUUGCAGAUGGUGUCAAGACAUAUGAUCAAGUGGUCGAGGCAGGUAGCAGAGAUUGA